AUGACAACAGAGAUACGGAAUAUAAGGCUACUAGAGAAGAUUGCAUCUGGAGCAUUCGGAGAGAUAUAUCUUGGCGAGAACAUGGCAACGAAUCAGAAAGUGGCGGUAAAGCUUGAGAAGAAAUCCCAGUACGGACAGCUUAAGCAUGAGUAUGGAGUGUAUAAGGUGCUUGGAAGUCAUUGCACACCCAAGGUCUAUGAGUAUGGGAAGAUUUUAUAUGAGAAUGUUUAUGUGAAUGGGCUGGUGAUGGAAUUGCUUGGGAAGUCUUUGGAGCAACUGUUUGCAAGUACAAACAGGCAAUUUUCGAUGAAAACAGUGCUGAUGCUGGGAGAAAAGAUGGUUGAUAGCAUAGAGUAUUUGCACCACAGAAACUAUGUACACAGAGACAUUAAACCGGAUAACUUUGUGUUUGACAUACAAGGAGAAAGACUGUAUUUGAUUGAUUAUGGACUUGCAAAGGAGUUUAGAAAUCCAGCAACAUUCAAGCAUAGGGAGAUACAAACGGAUAAGUCCUUGACAGGAACAGCAAGGUAUGCGUCUCUGCGCACGCAUCAAGGAUAUGAACAGAGCAGAAGGGACGAUCUUGAAAGUGUUGGAUUCUGUAUGGUGUAUUUUUUGAAGGGAAGACUCCCUUGGCAAGGACUGAAAGCAAAGACAAAGCAAGAGAAGUAUGACAAAAUACGCGAGAGCAAGGAGAGUAUUUCUUUGUAUGAGCUGUGUAUGGGCUUACCCAAGGAGAUUCAUUCGUUCUGCUUCUAUGUGCGCAAUCUUGGUUAUGAAGAUAUGCCGAAUUAUGCAUACUUGAGAGCUUUGCUGGGUGAUGCGUUGAGACAGAGGGGAAUGAGGAAUGACGGAGUGUAUGAUUGGGUUAAAAAGGGCUCUUCAAUUGAUUUUGAAGUGUUGUAG